AUGGGGAAAGGUCAUGGCAUUGCUCUUAACACAUGGAAAGAAAUUGACACUGCUGAUUCAAAGAAUAAUGUGUUAGUAUUUUUUAAGCUGCGACCUGAUGUAAUUACAGAAGAUAAUCUUCACAGUAAUAUUCUUGUAUCAUCUAUGUUAGAUUCACCUAUUAAUACCCUUUACCAAGCUGUACGACAAGUUUUUGCACCUGUAUUACUAAAGGAUGAUAAAUGGAGUAAAGCAUUUGAUCCCAAACUCCAGAAACUUUUAAGUGAACUUGAGUCUGGUUUAAGUACUGUUCUCAGAAGAUCAGAUCCUAAUUACAUGGGAGCAAAGUUCAGUGAAGAUGAUGUGCAAGCUAUACUUACACCAACAGAUGAAUUUCAGUUCUGGACAGAAUGUGCUCAUCAUGGGAGUAAAUUAUGUAGUAAAGAGAGAGCUUCUCACUUUAGAAAACUAUUUGAGGGCAUUGAAAAAGAUUAUUACAACUUGGAUAGUCUCUCAUUAUUUGAAGUUGUGGAUUUAGUGGAGACUACCAGAGAUACUCUUGAUGGUGUGUGGAGACAAACAGAACAUGAUCCUUAUCCACAGCUACGCAUGCAUAAUCUCUUGGAUGUCAUAGGUGGCUGUUUAGGUAGAUUUGUUCAGAGAAAACUGGCAGCUUUGAAUCUGUGGGAGGAUGCUUUUCACAUUGUUAAAGAAAAUCUGAAAGCUGGCAUCUUGAUUUGUGAACAGUGGGUAUCAGCUUGUGUGUACUUGACUGGACAGCUAUGGCAACGUUACACACUACAUCCAUGGAAAAAUGAGAAAUAUUUCCCUGAAUCAUUAGCCAAACUUGGCAAACGUCUUGAUGAGGUACUAACUAUUAGAACACUGCAUGAGAAACUUACAUUUCUUUUGCCAAACGGAGAACAAAAUAAUUUACAAGUUGCUCAGGUGUUUGAGCCUUUUGCAGGUUUAAAUCCUGUACACUAUAAUCCUUACACAGAGCCAUUAUGGAAAGCUGCAGUCUUGCAAUAUGAAAGAAUUAUUGCACCAGCAGAACAGCAAAUAUCAAGCAAAUUGAAAAGAUUUAUUUCAGAAAUUCAAGAUAGUCCCCAACAGCUUCUUCAAACAUUUCAGAAAUAUAAGGAACUGAUAAAGCGUCCAAACAUUAGCAAAGAAUUGCUCUUUGAAAGGGAAACAUUACUGGCAAGACUUCAAGACUCUGUCAAAGCCUAUCAGAUAGAUUUUGAAACACGAUGCCAUGGUGCUCCUGGUGAUUCUUCUGGACCACUUUCAGGCAAAAACCUUUCAGAAGUUGUCAAUAAUAUCGUAUGGGUACGACAACUGGAGCUGAAGGUGGAAGAUGCUAUCCAGCUUGCGGAGGCUCUGCUGUGUGAUUUGUCUGGAUUUCAAACUUUUCGUCAAAGUGCAGAUUCUCUUUUGGAACAGUUUAAAGGAUAUGAACAAGAGCAAUUUGAUGAUUGGUCUAGGAAUAUCCAGUCAGAGUUAUCAAAUCCCAAGUCAGGACUUUGCAUACAAGCUAAUAGUCCUGUUAUGGAGCUGGAUCACAUUUCUGGAACAUUAAGUAUACUUUAUUCGGAUCAUUUGGUGACUCUCCUAAGAGAAGUACGUCAGCUAUCGGCACUAGGUUUUUCUAUUCCAUCUAAAAUACAGCAUGUUGCAAACACUGCACAGAAGUUUUGUAAGCAAGCAGUCAUCCUCAAACAGGUGGCACAUUUUUAUAAUUCUAUUGAUCAGCAAAUGAUUGAGAGUCAGAAACCAAUGAUGUUACAGUCUGCUCUAGCAUUCGAACAGAUAAUUAAGCAUUCAAAAACUGGUCCUGGAGGAAAAGCUCAAAUAACAUGGGAUAAUCCCAGGGAGCUGGAAGCUUAUAUUCAAAAGCUCCAAGCUGCUGCUGAACGACUUUCCACUGAAAAUAGAAAACUAAGAAAGUGGCACACAAACUUCAUUGAAAAGGUUAUAGCUCUCAUGAAUAUUGAUUUAUUGCGGCAACAGCAGCGCUGGAAAGAAGGAGUCCAGGAGCUCAGAACUGGUUUUGCCAGCCUCGAGUCACAGGCAGGGUUUAAUUUUGCAAACAGAAAAUUUGACUUUUCA